AAGAACACAAUGAAGUCGGCGCAAAACAAGGUCAAGGAUAGUCGGAUGAUCGGACCAUUCGGAUAAAAAAAAAAAGAAAAAGGAAAGCACGGUGCUUCAGCGCAGAAGCGUUGUUCUUGAUUUGACCCAGUCUAGAUACUUGCUUUGUACAUGUUUUUACGCUUUGUUCAAGGAGGUGUCAAAGACAAAAAAACCUGUGAACAAAUUAUGCAAACAAUCGUAUAGCGAUCAGUUCCAGAUUGUGCAUUCGCAUUACAUGUAUAAAUAUCCUUUCACUUUCCCUGUUACCCUUUUUUUUUAUUUUGCUUUUUUCUUUCUUCCUCAAACAACUACAUUGUUAUUCACCAUCUCUUCAGCACGUUAAGUAUGUAUCCUUUAGUAGGUUUCUUGGUCAUGUCUCUGCUCUUCAUGCUUGAACAAGCCCUUGCGGUGUCAAUCCCUAAUGGAAAUUAUCGUAUCCAGCAAGGCAAUCGGUAUUUGAGUGCUGGAAAGUACAAGUCAGAUUCAAUUGCGUUCUUACUCCCCGGAGACGACGAGUGGGAACAAAUCUGGAGAGUUGAAAAUGAAAGCGAUGGUACUGUCACCAUUACCAGUCCAGACACGGGGCGUUUCCUCACACUGGGCCAAGGAAUUGCGCAACCACACGCAUACGUGAUGUUUUCGAGAUUUUGGCAGACAUGGAAGCUCGAACCAGGCUCUGAUAGCGGUUUAUAUGCUAUUGCCUAUCCUGGUGGCCCCGUGCACGGAAAUACCCUUGCUAUUGAUCUUUCUCCAAAUGACCGCUCCACUAAUCGCCUUCACCUCGAAGUCGUUAACUCUGAAUCAAGCCAUGCCAAAUGGAGCUUCGAGCGCAUGCACGGCGAUGGCAAAUUAUCAUCAUGCGGCCCUGAACGAUCGCAGCCUCUCUUCCGUGUACAGAAAGUUUGAUAGUUGUAGCUACUGUCAAUUAGGAUCUCUUCAUGUAAAUUUUAUUUUGGCACAUACCAAUGGUGCGUUUUGACAAUGGCAACAUAUAUUAUGAGAAUAAAGUAUGAGUG